AAGUCUCUAAAUGUUUAUCUAUAAAUAUCACAAAGUUUAGUAUCUUUAAGAUAUAACUUUCAUAGCUCACCAAAAUCUCUUUUUCAAAGUUUUCUUUUCUAUUGAUGGCAGAGGAAAAACAACAAGGAACUAUUCCUCCUCAGGAAAAGCCAAGUGCUGCAAAAACAAGUUGGCCUGAACUAGUUGGUGUGACAGCAGAUGAAGCUGAAAAGAAGAUAAAGGAAGAGAUGCCUGAGGCUGAAAUUGAAGUGUUGCCUGAUGAUAGUGAUGUUUCUCUUGAUUACAUAUUUCAGAGAGUUAGAUUAUUUGUGGAUGAAUCUAAUAAAGUCAUUGAAACUCCAACCAUUGGCUGAUAUUCCAUGUAGUUAUGAAGCUAGUGAUGUAGUUUGAAGAAUAAAUUUAGUUCAUUUUGAUAA